GUGGAGUGUGCGAAGGAUUCCGUAAGCGUUUCCAGGGGUGGAAAAGGCUUGUCUUUAGUAUGAUUUUGAACAUUGGUACAGCUACACUUUCAGUGGAAUAGAGGAUUGACCUUCUCAAUCUUUGUAAUACCAGACCUGAAACUGCUGCAUCAUGGAAACCGAGUAUUCUAAAAGGGUCUAUCAAGGGGUGAGGGUCAAGCACACAGUGAAAGAUCUACUGGCAGAGAAACGACAAAAUCAAACAAAUGGACCAAGAUACAGUGGAGGAACAUCCAGCCAAUCAUCAUUUGUCCAAAUGCCAGGGUCUCACAUGAUCCCUAGCUACUACGGCAUGAGGCGACCUUUCAUCUCCGACUCGGACUUCUCUCCCAAGCAGUUCUCGGGCGAGGUCUACUCCUCAUCCCUGGGGGGCAAGCCUCUAGGUUGUGACCCAUCAGCCAUGUCUGGCUACCCGUCCGUCAUAGACAGCUACUACCCGGAAACGUUCGGAGACUACCGUAGUGCAGCCUUCACCACCGGAGGGAGCUCCAUCUUCCCCAGCUCAGCCCUGUCCACUCUGCUACCACCUUUCUCUGGAGAGUCCCCCCACUUUCUCCUCAGAGAUUCGUGGGAGCAGCCAGUGGCAGACCCAGUGACCCAGGGAGAGGGUUUGUGUGCAGACGGCCUUACCUCUGUUCCAGUCUCCCUACCCAGCCCCGACCCUCCCGGGAGCCCGUCACAGUACCGCUGCUCCACCCGUAGCUCCUCCAUGGCCUCGGCACAGCCCUAUGCCCUUCACCCUCUGGAAGAAGUACACUACCACACCUCUUACCCUGCUGCCUCCACUUUCACAUGCCCUUCCUAUAUGACUGUCUCCAAUGACCUAGCCUCCAAGAUGGCCCCUCUAGCUAAUGAGGACUCUGAAAGUACCCUCGCCACACAUAGUGACACGCACUCGUGGGUGAAAGAAGAUGGUGGAAGCUCUUGGUCGCCAUAUGAGAUUCGGAGGUCUUAUUAAAUCCAUUUGGAAACAUCCUGUCCUUCACAGAAAACCAAAACAAUGCAGAUGCAAGUGACUCAGCUCCUUGUGGUCCAAAUAUUUGACUUUGUGGACUGAUAAUCUUUUUAUAGAAGUACAAAGUGGAACUUUUACUCAUUUGACCCUCCUAAGUCUCCUGGUGACAUUAUGGUAUGUAAGAACUAACUCACUGGGCACACAAUGGUUGAAUCAAUGUUGUUUACACGUCAUUUCAAUUAAAUUAUGUUGAACCAACAUAAAAUAGACAUUGAGUUGACCUCUGUGCCCAGUGGGAACCCUUUGCAUGGGCACGUGACAAUGUAAAGGACCAGUAAGGAUUCAGUGGUUAGACCUAGAAUAACUGUGCCUGUGUUCAAAUGUUUGAAAUAGAUGUGUUUUUAUAUAGUGAUUAUAUUAGGAAAACAUCAUUUUAAAUGAUAUACUGCCAUUGCGACAACUGCAAUUACAAUUUAUUUUUUGCUAAAGGUCGUUUUACUUUAACCUUCUUCUUUACUUUAUCGCAUCUUGUUGUCAGCUUUAAUAACCAAAUCAGAGCUUAUCCAACUGUAUCUGCUUCAGGUGAGCAUUUACUCUGAAGCUUUCGUAAUGAACGUGUAUGUUUUUUUGUUUCUGUUUUUUAUAAUUUAGGAGCUUGUUGCAAUGCAUUCAUUACUAGUAAUAGGCAGCAGUGACAAUUCAAAGAAAAGUCUUGAAUAUAACGAAAGACAAUCAGAGAUGACCAUCCACAGGAUUCUUCAAGAAGUGAGUGGGAAUCUAUACCUGAAUAUUUUACAUUCAGAGACAAUGCAGGGAACGGAAUUGGUCAAUAGAUGCAAGUGAUUUACCAUACUCCCUGUUCCUGUGUUUUGCUUUUCAUUUCAAGAAAUAAACAACAUAGAUAAUGUAUUGGGCAGUAGAAUGUGUAUUAUAAAUCCAAUAUAAUAAAAGAGACUGCAAUAAAUGCAUGAAAAUUAAA